AUGAAAAGGCUAUUCAUAUUUUUGUCUAUUCCAAUACUUGCAAACUGCUUGAAUGUUUUGUUCUAUGUGUCAGUUAUUGCUCAAUCCCAUAUUCCAUUCCAUAAUACUGCAAUCAAAGUUUUAUUGGAUCGAGGUCAUACUGUGGAUCUUGUAAUAGCCCAUCUAAAUGAAAUGGUCAAGAUUCAUUUCCCAGCUGGAAUCCGCCAAAACUAUACAUUUGGAUAUGAGGAUCCCAAUUUUUGGAGCAAAAACGCAGUUCAUUUAUUCAAUAUUUUUGAGAAAAAAUCUGUCCCAUUUGCUGAGUUUUUGGCGUUCGAUGAUUUGACAUUUCAGCUUUGUGAAACUGUCGUAAAAGACCCGAAUCUUCUGGAAUACAUCAAAAAGGGAAAAUAUGAUAUUGGAAUCAGCAGUGAUUAUGAUCCAUGUGCGAAUAUAAUCAUGCAUGCGGGAGGAGUUCCAGUCAAAGCUAGUAUGAUCCCCACUCCAAUGUUCCAACCACAGAUCUACUCGGCUGGUCUUCCAUCCCCAGCUAGUCUCUAUGGAACCGUUCUCUAUCCAAAAUCCGACGAAUCCUUCUUCAGUCGCCUCUUCCAUCUCAUCAGACACACUUAUAACAUCUACUUUGUCACACCAAAACUAAUGGCUAGAUAUGACAACCUGCUCCUAAAAACCUUCGGACCAGCUUUCCCAACUGCAGAAGAGAUCGAACGAAAUGUGGAUAUUGUCCUAGUGAAUAGUAACGAGAUAAUCGAGAAACCACGUCCGCUUUCUCAUAAAAUCAAGUAUAUCGGAGGAAUGGGAAAGAAAAAAUCAAAGCCUUUGAGUGAAGAAUUUGAUCAAAUCCUGGAUUCAGCUGACAAGGGAGUCGUUCUUUUCUCUUUUGGAACUCAAGUCCCAACUAAAAAAGUUCCGAUUGAGAUUCGAAGAAAUUGUGUGGAAGCUUUCAAGAAAUUCCCAGAAUUCUUGUUUCUCUGGAAGUACGAUAACCUGACAGAAGACGCUGAAAUGUUUGACGGAGUACAGAAUAUUCAUAGAGUUGAGUGGCUUCCACAAACCGACUUGUUAGGAGACAUCCGUGUAAAAGCGUUCAUCAGUCAUAUGGGACUGAAUUCUUACAUCGAAACGGCCACAGCUGGAGUCCCAGUUCUCUCGAUUCCUUUGUUCAUCGAUCAACAUCAUAAUGCAAUAAACGCAGCUGCUCGUGAAAUUGGAGUGACCGUCGAGAAAGAUCAAUUGACAGUUGAAAAUCUUGUGAAUGCUCUACAGAAGUUGCUUUUUGAUCCGAAAUAUUCAAAUAAUGCGAAGACGAUUUCAAAAAUGAUUUUGGAAAAACCAGAACAAUCCGAGAAAUUAUUCGUGGAUUGGGUUGAGUAUGCAGCAAAUAAUCCAGGGCUCCACAAGAUAAUAAAUCUUCCCGGUGCAGAACUGACUCCAUUCUGGUAUUAUUCUGGAGAUGUGAUAGUUGCUUCCGUGUUGUUUUUGAUGUUUUCUUUCUAUAUUCUCUGGAAAAUUCGAGAUUUCUUUAAGCGUCGAGUCACGAUUCAGUUCAAAUGGAAAUCUGAUUAA